CGUUUUCUUUCUCUGUCGUUUAGAUACCUAAUGUACGGGCGGUCAUCGUUGAAGAUAUCCGUAUAAAUUAUUAAAUGAAGGUGCUAUAAUAAGUGUUGAUUUUAUGCUAAAACUGUAGGUUAUAAAUUGUUAAAUAAUGAUCUUGCUGGAGAUCAAUAAUAGAAUUAUAGAAGAAACAUUAACAGUUAAAUAUAAAAAUGCACUGGCGCGUUUAAAGCCAGAGUCUAUAGAUGUGACACUUGCAGACUUUGACGGAGUGCUCUUUCAUAUAUCCAAUGUAAAUGGGGAUAAAACCAAAGUUAGGGUUAGUAUAUCACUGAAGUUUUACAAGCAGUUAGAGGAACAUGGCGCAGAUGAACUGCUCAAAAGGGUAUACGGCCCUCUGCUCACUGAACCAGAGUCUGGCUACAAUGUGUCAGUCCUGCUGGACAUGGAGACCAUCCCCGAGGACUGGGAGGCGGUCGUCAAGAAGGUGGGACUGCUGAAGAGGAACUGCUUCGCGUCAGUGUUCGAGCGAUACUUCCGACUGCAAGAGGACGGUGACGUGGGUCACAAGAGAGCCGUCAUCAACUACCGUCAAGAUGAGACCUUAUACGUAGAAGCGCAGGAGGACCGCGUGACGGUGGUGUUCUCGACGGUGUUCCGUCACGAGGACGACGUGGUGAUCGGCAAGGUGUUCAUGCAGGAGCUGAAGGAGGGCCGGAGAGCCUCGCACACCGCACCCCAGGUUUUGUUCUCUCACAAAGAGCCGCCUUUAGAACUUUUGGACACUGACGCCAAAGUUGGUGAAAAUAUCAGUUACGUCACAUUCGUGCUGUUCCCGCGACACACGUGCGCGGCGGCGCGCGACAACACCAUCGACCUGCUGCACAUGUUCCGCGACUACCUCCACUAUCACAUCAAGUGUUCCAAGGUGUACGUGCACUCGCGCAUGCGCGCCAAGGCGGGCGACCUGCUGAAGGUGCUGAACCGCGCGCGCCCGCAGCCCACCACCAGACCCACCGAGCGGAAGACCAUCACCGGAAGAACAUUUGUCAGGCGAGAUUGAGUGUUACGUGUCGGCGAUACGUAGACGCCGAACAUCGCUCCCCGCGCCGACCGCUGUCGGCCUCACUCCGACCGUCGCCACCACCCGACCGCCGUCGGCCCUACUCCGACCGUCGCCGCUACCACCACACCACACCACUAUCACCACACCACCUACCACUUAACAGAUACCACUCGUUACCGUGUGCGACAGAAAAGUUGAAAACGUUGGCGGCAAUAGAAUAUACAACAGUGAGCCUUAAUCUGUUAAUUACUGGUGCGCCGAUAAUAUGGGUUGAUUUAUCAUUAAAUAAUGGGGAUGAUGACUAGGUUUGAAUAUAUUGAUUUUUAUGAUACAUUCGGGUAAAUAAGGUCAAUGUUAAACAAUUUAUACAUAAAAAC